GAAUGAACAGAAGAAUCUAAGAUUGGUUUGUCUAUAAAUACUACUAAUAGUGCCUUUCUUUAUUUCUCAUCUCUCCCCAAUCGUUCAGCAUUCCAAAUAUACUUUGAAUCCUGAAAAGCCAACAUGAAGUUUUCAUUAUCCCUCUCUCAAUUUCUCUGUUCCAUUUUGUUUCUCUUCCAUUUUCAUACAACAAUUUCAUCAUCAUUCUCCUUAAAUCACUCCUCUUCUAAUCAUUUGUGUGCUCAUCACCAAAGUCUUUCUCUCCUUCAAUUCAAACAAUCCUUUUCCAUUAAGAGUUCUGCUUAUUGGGAGGAUUGCCAACCCAAGACAGAGUCAUGGAAAGACGGUACAGAUUGCUGCUUGUGGGAUGGGGUCACUUGUGAUAUGAAAACCGGGCAAGUCACUGGACUGAACCUCUCUUGCAGUAUGCUUUAUGGCACCCUCCAUUCCAAUAAUUCUCUCUUCUCUCUUCAUCAUCUUCAGAAGCUCGAUCUCUCUUUCAAUGAUUUCAACUCCUCCCAUAUUUCUUCUCGAUUUGGCCAGUUUUCCAAUCUGACACAUCUUAAUCUAAAUUAUUCCAAUUUCGCAGGCCAAGUUCCAUUAGAAGUCUCCCGUCUCUCCAAAUUGAUUUCUCUUAAUCUCUCUGGAAACAACCAUCUAAGUGUAGAACCAGUUUCUUUUGACAAGCUUGUUCGAAACCUAACCAAGCUAAGAGAUCUCGAUUUGAGUUCUGUAAAUAUGUCUUUGGUUGCACCUAAUUCCUUGACGAAUCUGUCCUCUUCUUUGUCAUCUCUUUACCUUUGGGGUUGCGGAUUGCAAGGGAAAAUCCCGGGUAAUAUCUUUCUCCUACCAAACCUUGAAUUACUCAUUCUGCGAGACAAUGAAGGCCUCACUGGCUCUUUUCCUUCCUCCAAUGUGAGUAAUGUCCUCUGGCUGUUGGACCUUUCUGAUACAAGAAUUUCAAUUUAUCUAGAAAAUGACUCCAUCAGUAAUUUAAAGUCGUUAGAGUAUAUGUUACUUAGUAAUUGUAACAUUGUUGGGUCAAAACUAGCUCUGUUUGGUAAUCUUACACGGCUCUUUCAAUUAGACCUCACAAACAACAAUUUUAGUAGACAGAUUCCAUCUUCAUUUGGAAACCUUGUGCAGCUUCGUUACUUGGAUCUCAGUUCCAAUAAUUUUAUGGGUCAGAUUCCAGAUUUUUUCGCUAACCUAACCCUGCUCGCAGAUUUAGAUUUAUCAAACAAUCAACUCAAUGGGACGAUACCAUCCUUUUUAUUUGCUCUCCCUUCUUUAUGGAAUUUGGACCUUCAUAAUAAUCAAUUCAUAGGCAAUAUAGGUGAAUUCCAACACAAUUCAUUGCAAUACCUUGAUUUGAGCAAAAACUCCUUGCAUGGUCCAAUCCCAAGUUCAAUUUUCAAUCAAGAGAACUUGGUAGUUCUUAUUCUUGCAUCCAACAGUAACUUGACAUGGGAGGUUCCUUCUUCAAUUUGCAAGUUAAAAUUCCUGCGAGUCCUGGACCUUUCCAACAAUGACUUGAGUGGUUCUGCACCACAAUGUUUGGGAAACUUCAGCAACAGACUCUCAAUUUUGGAUCUAGGCAUGAACAAUCUCCGAGGCACUAUUCCAUCAACAUUUUCAGAGGGAAGUAACUUGGAAUAUCUCAACCUCAAUGGCAAUGAAUUAGAAGGGAAAAUACCGAUGUCUAUUGUCAAGUGCACAAUGCUGAAGUUUCUUAAUCUUGGUAACAAUAAGAUUGAGGAUACAUUCCCCUAUUUCCUAGGAAUGCUUCCGGAGCUAAAGAUUCUUGUUCUAAAAUCCAAUAAACUCCAAGGUUUUAUGAAGGGUCCGACUACUUUUAAUUCCUUCUCCGCAUUACGUAUUCUUGACAUCUCUGGAAAUAAUUUGAGUGGAUCAUUACCAGAAGAGUUUUUCAAUAGUCUUGAAGGAAUGAUGACUGUCGAUCAAGAUAUGAUUUACAUGACGGCAAGAACUUACUCUGGCUACACCUAUUCAAUAAAAAUGACAUGGAAAGGGUUGGAAAUUGAAUUUGUGAAAAUCCGAAGUUUCUUCAGAUUAUUUGAUUUAUCAAACAACAGUUUCACCGGUGAGAUUCCAGAACUAAUUGGAAAGCUUGAAGGACUUCAACAACUUAACCUCUCUCACAAUUCCCUUACAGGCCAUAUCCAAUCAUCAUUACGGUUUUUAACCAAUCUAGAGUCAUUAGAUAUGUCUUCAAAUAUGCUUACGGGAAGGAUUCCUGUGCAGUUGACAGAUCUAACAUUUCUUGCAAUCUUAAACCUUUCACAAAACAAACUCGAGGGGCCCAUACCUGUUGGGAUGCAGUUCAACACGUUUGAUGCAAGCUCAUUUCAAGGAAACUUGGGUUUAUGUGGAAUCCAAGUGCUAACAGAAUGCAACAAUGGCGCGGUACCACCAUUACCGCCAUUAAACUUUAAUGAAGAAGAUGGGUUUGGAUGGAAAGUUGUGGCAAUGGGGUAUGGAUGUGGGUUUGUAUUUGGAGUCACAAUGGGUUAUAUUGUGUUUAGAACAAGACGACCUGCAUGGUUUCAUAGCAUGGUUGAACGUCAAUGGAAUCUGAAGGCAGGAAGAACAAAGAAGAAUGCUCGCAUACAUGGUGCAAGAAGAAAUUAAAAAAUGCAUUUGGUAAAUUCAAUACAAUUUCAAUGAAGGUUUUACCUCACGAGAUACCAAGUAGAGUUGAUAUUGGAACAACAUUAAAGUGGCAGAUUCAUAGUAUUGGAUUUCUGUUGUUCAUUUUUUUUUUUUUUACUUCUAUGAAAAAAAGUCAAAUUAAUGUAAUAGUUAAUGUAUGUUGUAGUUUAUGUUAACUAUAAAAUCAUGCUUUAUAUUAGCAAA